AAACUCUGAAGGGUUUAUUGUGGGUCGAAAUCGCCGACAUGCUUGCGAUCCUUGCGAUGCAUUCAACUUGUUCAAAUUAGUAUUGCUUUAUAUAACUUUCCAGCUUGUUCAAAAUGUUUAAUAUUAGUUCUCGGAUAGUUACCCGUCUAUGUAAUUCAACGUAUCACAUUAGUACCCGAUACUACGCGGCACCUCCGAAACGAUUUUACCGGAAAACCGGCGUUGUUAGCAGCAAUGGAAAAUAUGAAAUCACCCUCGACCAACGGAAGCUGAAAACACCCAAAGGACUACCAUUUUUUGUGGAAAGCGAGCCGCUUGCGCUAGCUAUUGCAACCGAAUGGGAUGCCCAAAAGGAAGUUGUCGACCGAUCGACCAUGCACCUGACAGCACUCAGCAGCACCGUGAUCGAUAAUCCAAACAAUGUUCAGAAAAGCGACAUUGUGAAUUAUCUUGCUAAUUACAUCAGCACCGAUGCCAUAUUAUUCCACUCAAAUGAAGAGAAAGCUCUCAAAGACUUGCAGAAGGUGGAAUGGGAUCCUGUCAUCGAAUGGUUCAAUAAACGGUACGAUGUCAACAUAGAAUCUACUCACGGACUAGAAGUGCCCACUUUCGCACCAGGAACUGCAAUGAACAUCAGCCGAUAUCUGUCCUCGUACAACGAAGCGGCCCUACAUGGGUUCAUGUUCGCUGUAGACACGAUUAAAUCGCUUAUAUUGACAUGUGCUUGCGUUGACCGACACAUUACUCCUGCAAAGGCGGUUUUGCUUGCACGCUUAGAGGAGGAAUAUCAGCUAGGCUAUUGGGAACGCGUGGAAUGGGCCCACGACGUUCAACAGCUCGAUUCCCAGUCGAGAUUAGCAGCCGGCUUGCUGUUUGUGUACUUCAACUCCAGUGAUGUUUUCGUUAAACAGAAAAUUGCUAAUUAAGAUAGGGAAUAAACACAAAACAUUUGGUAGAUAUUAGAAAAAGACUA